UGCAGACUUCAGCUUCUCCCGCGGUCCCCCCCUCCUCCCUCCCCGCCCGGCCACAGCUCAUGCUCCGGCUCUGAUUCAGGACGAGACCAGAGGAUGGAUCUCCAUCACCUCGCUGCUCUUCUUCUCUGCGGGGCUCUUGUGUUGGUUUGGGAAACCCCCUGUUUUCAGGCUCUCGCUAUUUUCCCUCCUGCUGCGCCGAGGAGCAGCAAGGUGGCGCGGAUUUUUGACUCACAGGAAGCCUCCAAGUAUUUUAAGGAGUUCCACGCGGACAAAAACAAUAAAGCAACACCUAAAGAUCAUGUGGAGCCUCAUGACUACAUGCUGUCCAUCUACAAAACCUUCUCCACGGCUGAGAGGCUGGGACUCAACGCCAGCUUCUUCCGCUCCUCCAAAGCUGCGAACACGAUCGCAAGUUUCGUGGACAUUGGACAAGGUAUGUCAAACUGUCCUGUGCACGUGAGAGUGUAACAGUGAGUCAAACUGUCUCAGAAGUACGGUGGCCGAGAACCGCCACUGCUGCAAAUAAAAAAGAAGGCAAAGAAAGAAGUCACCACGGAAGUUACUGAUGAAAAACAAACAAACAGAAAAAUAAAAGAAAUGGUGCAGAUAAUAAAAAAAAACUACAACAGAGGUUACUGAUGCAAAGAAAAAAAACUGCAGAUAAAAAAAAAAAAGCCACAAUGGAAGUAACAAUGCAAAAACAAGAAAGAAAUGGUGCAGAUUUAAAAAAAAAAAAAAAAAAAGAAGUUACAGAUAAAAAAAAGGUGCAGAUUUUUUAAAAAGCAGUCAUCUCACCGUCUUUUAGCUUGCAUCCUUUUAUUUUUGCAGUUCAUAACUUUUUUUUCCAGUAACUUCCGUUGUGGUUUCUUCUUUUUUGCAUUCUUUUUAUUUGCAGCAGUGGCAGUUCUCGGCCACCGUACAGAUUUACCCUCAAACACAAUCGCUAAAAUUAGGAACACCAUCACUAUCGCUGGGUGAUUUUACCUGAAAUAAUAUACCCCCAAGAAAAGUCCUUGUCAUCAAAAUAGGACAACACAGGACAAAUUAAAGUAGUUUUCUUUAAUUUUUAACUGUUUAAUGUCCAAAGGGAGGGGAAAAAAGUGCCAUGAGAGUACCGUAUAAAAAUCAACAAAAUAACUGAAAUUAGGCUUUCAUGAAAAAAAAAAAAACCUAAAAAUUUAACUCGAGUCCUCAAAUCCACCCAAACCUACUUUACCCUCUACCACUGAAAUCAUCCUGUAAACACGAGUCUGUAGGAAAAAGCAGGUUCUGGAUCAGGGAAACAUGAUACUCAGACAAACACAACAUCAUGAAGAUCACGUGAACAUGUUUGGACCGGGCGAUAGUGUUCGAGGGUUAAUUCAGUGCAAAGAGUCCACAUCUCUAUGGUCUUCACAUCAUCUCCUGUUUUAAUGCUUUCCACAGAUGACCUCCCACUCUCCCCUCUGAAGAGGCAGCAGUAUCUGUUCGACGUCUCAACCCUCCCCAAAAAAGCGGAGGUGCUGGGGGCCGAGCUCAGGAUUUACACCAAAGUGUCUGGGAAUUUCAGGAUAUCGGAAACGGAGCCUGUCGACAUCCAGCUCCUCUCCUGCAACAACGAGCGGCAGCUGCUCGACUCCAAAACUCUGGACCUGCAGGAUUCCCACAGGCCGAAGUGGGAGGUUUUGGACGUGUGGGAAAUAUUCAUAGAGCAGCGGCACCUGAGCCAGGGGACGCACUUCUGCCUGGAGCUCAGGGCCAUGCUGGACAACCCCGAGAGGGAGCUGGACCUGCACCUCUUGGGCUUACACCGGCAUGGCAGGCCUCAACAGAAGAAAGCGAUCUUGGUGGUCUUCACCAGGUCGAAAAAGAGGCAGACCCUGUUCAGUGAGAGGAGGGAGGGUAGGGCUCUGUUGGGGUUGGAGAGGAAAGCCAGAGAGAGGGGCCCCGGUGCCAAAUCCAGCAGGAGGAGGAGAACCGCUGUGUCCAAAACCCGUCAUGGUAAAAGACACGGCAAGAAGUCCAAAUCCAGGUGCAGCAAGAAGCCGCUGCACGUCAACUUCAGAGAUCUGGGCUGGGACGACUGGAUCAUCGCCCCGCUGGAUUACGAGGCGUACCACUGCGAGGGGGUGUGUGACUUCCCCCUGCGCUCCCACCUGGAGCCCACCAACCACGCCAUCAUCCAGACUCUGAUGAAUUCGAUGAACCCCAGCAACAUGCCGCCCAGCUGCUGCGCCCCGUCCAAACUCAGCCCCAUCAGCAUCCUCUACAUCGACUCGGGAAACAACGUGGUCUACAAACAGUACGAGGACAUGGUGGUGGAGUCCUGCGGGUGUAGGUAG